AAUAAAAGUAAAACUGAGAAUUGCCAACCCAUGGCCAUGCAUAAUAUCGAAAUUUCCAGCGCCCACAAAAAAGAAAAAAAAAACCCACAAAUUUAAGAUUUUACACUGUUGUUUCCAAACAGACCCCCACCAGUCCAUACCGCGUAACGUUACCCACCAACAAAUCAUCAAAAUCCACACCCUCCUCUAUAAAAUGAAACCCACCCACAUUCCAAAUCACAACCAACAAAUUUGAAAAAAAUUAAACACUUUCUCUCACUAGAUCUCAUUUCCUCAAAUAGAAAGUCCAUCACUUUCACAUGCAGCAAAAAGCACCAAAAAUGUCGAAGAAACGCACCUCAGUGGUGGCUCACAGAGCGUGGGAGCUCCUCCGCGCACUACUGUGCGCCGGAAAAGGCGAAUUGUGCAGGAACAGAGUCGCGCUCACACUCGACGCAUUCCACAAAUUGGUUAGAAAAAUCGUCGCCUCCACCGCCAGCGAGCCGCGCACGGCGCUGCUCUACGGAGAUCACGAGUUCUCCUUCCAGAGCUCGCCAGUGGUGCGCGUGGGGAUGCGCCGCGCGCCGUCGGCGCUGCGGCUGAAGCUGCCGCGCAUCCCGUGCAUCACGCCGCAGGUGGAUGGCGAUGAGGAUGGCGAGUUAAUGUGGUGCGAUCGGGCGCACGGGGAUUACUUUUUGAAGGAGGCGGCGGAGAUGAGUGAUGAGGGGAUUGAUGAGAGGGCGGAGGAGUUCAUAGCUAGGUUUUAUCAGGAAAUGAAGCAGCAGAGACAGAUAUCAUAUGUGUGAUGUCAUCUUGGAUUGCCUUCUGUUCAUAUUUAGAUUUCUGAUUUCAACUUUUGGUGAUUACUAGUAUUUCACAAUUUUGGCGACAUAUAUUUAUAUUUAUCUAUAUAUAUAAGGAAUAAGAAUUGGCGGUUGAUAUGUUUGGUUCAAUUGAUUGCCGCUUCA